GGCAUCUCUAUGGUACCGGCCGAAUGGAGGGGCGGGGCCUGCUCGGCCUCCGCGGCCUCGGAGCCGGAGCCUAGGGGUGACGGGGAAUGGCCGCCAGAACCGGCUGCCCGCGGUGUCCUGAUGGCGCGGCGUGUGCGCUGACACGGGGUCUGUGAUGGCAUCGGAGGCGGAGAAGACCCAGGCCCUGCUCCAGUCUUGCAGCGCCGAGUCCCUGCUGUCCAGCCUGGGGCUGGGGCUGUUCUGCCUCGUGGCCGACAGGCUGCUGCAGCUCCCCGCGCUCCAGCAGAACCCCUGGCCGCGCGCCCUCUCCGACAACACCGUGCACGGCGUGAUCGGCAUGUGGUCCUGGGCCAUCGUCGUCGGGGCCAAGAAGAAGGCCGACUGGAGAGAAAUCCUUCUAGCUGGAUUCUUAGCCUCCGUGAUUGACGUAGACCACUUUCUCCUAGCGAGAUCCCUGUCUUUAAAGGCUGCGCUGACUCUCCCUCGGAGGCCUUUCCUGCACUGCUCCACGGUGAUCCCCGCCGUGGCCCUGGCCCUCAAGUUCAUGAUGCACCUCUUCAAGCUCAAAGACUCGUGGUGCUUCCUGCCCUGGAUGGUGUUCAUGUCCUGGACCUCACACCACGUCCGCGAUGGCAUUCGCCACGGCUUGUGGAUAUGCCCGUUUGGGAAAACUUCUCCCUUGCCGUUCUGGCUGUACGUGGUGGUCACAGCAUCCUUACCGCACGUCUGUUCCCUGGCCAUGUAUUUCACCGGGGCCAGACAAGUGAUGUCUUCCAAGCACGGCAUCCGCAUCGACGUCUGAGCUGGCCACCGGGCAGCUGCGAGGAGCCCGGCUCGGCCGGGACAGUGACGGGCAGCCCGCACAUUAGAGGGAGUUUUAGGACACAUAUUAGGUACUUACGUUACUAUUAUAAUUCCUGAGUUCCCUUGCUCGGCAGGUGUGGUCACAUUUUUAAAGUGAAAUACUUGUAAUUCUGCUUCUCUGUCUAUAUGUAGUGCAGUACUAGAGAUCUGUUUAUUCCCUUGUUUCUUCUGUUCUUCUGGCCUUGCUAAUAGCUCUGUUAGAUCAGCAUCCAGUUAAGUUUUCCGGAUGUGUAGUUUUAAGGGGGUCUACUUCCUGAUGAAAAACAGUUCAGAUUUUAGGGAGACUCAUUUGUGGAAAGUUAGUGUUAUAUUUGGAUCUUCCUUUUCCCGAGAUGUUGAAACAGUGAAACGGCCAAAAAGAGCGAGCUCAUGAAGGAGAUGACUAGGGAACGCUCCCGUCUCUCUCUGUCCUGUGUGUGUCUGGACGGGAGUCUACUUUGCCAGGUGCUUUCGUGCGUUGAGAUGACUGGCAGAAUCGGCUUCAGCGGUCCUGUGAGAAAUGGUCAUAAUGUUCGUACCCGACAGUAACUAACAUUAGACCGAGGUUACUGUCCCACAGUCACUUCAGGAAAUGACUGCAAUGUGUUGGCCGGAGUAGCGCCUUCCCGAAGUGCCCCCAAAUCUCGUGUGCUGCAGUUUUAACUGUUUGGAAGAGCAUAACUAAAUUUAACAAAAUGUGUGUUCAAAAUUAACAUGAACACAGUAUCGAUAUGUGGCUCAUAACCACAGAAUUUGAAUUCACACCCGGAAAAGGACUUUCCGGUGGUGUCAUUUUGCAUGUGAGCUCCUGAAUGUGCCGGUGAAACGGUUUCAGCUGCUGUCGAUGUGUCUGCACACUCUUCUGAAAUACUGCACCAGCGUCAUGUCAUUUCUUUUUUAAAAAAUCUGCCUGAUCCUGAGAGACGAUGCGUUUUUGCUCCGAGUAGUCUUAGAAAAGUUGAUUUUUCCUUUUUUUCUUUCAGGUUGAUCUUCCGUCAAAAACGGUUAGCCUUGGUUAGCGAAGGGACUCUCAUGCUAUCAGCGUCACACGCGCACAGUUUACGUUGCUUGGACGUGAGAAAGUCCGCGCCCCACGGGCACCGGCUUGCGUGGCACGCGCACCACGCGCCGUCUUCGCGUGUCCUCACUCACCCGUGACUCUCGGCGCUGGUGACAGUGUGCCUUCCUCUCUGGGAAAGGGUGCGGCCGUCCGUGCCCGGCUGACCCGAAGCAGACUCGCGUCAUUGAGUUGCAUAGCUCUGUGAAUCGGCACCAAGGCUCGGGCCCUUCAGUUUAGUUUUCGUUGUUGUCGUUCAUCAGUCGGUCGUAAUCUGUUUUAUUUUACAGCCUCCUGGGCCUUACAGUCUGUUAUUGUCUUUGGAGAGCAACUAAUUGCAUCUAUUGGGUUGGUUUAAUAGUAAAUAUUGCGGGGGGGUAAAUUAAGGUAGAGGUUUUUAAAAAGCAUAUGACUUCAGAAAUCCGUGGAAAUAAAGUCUGGAUCUUGUAUAACUUUUCCCGACUAAAUUAUAAAACUCGACUUUUCUCUUUCUCCAUGUUAAACAAAGGACUGUCUUUAAAACAUAGGGCCUUCCUUAAGAAUGUCACAAUGAAAAUUUGGGGGUUGUUCUGACUUUCUUUAUUAGAAUGGGGGUCCCCUUUGCCCGUGACGCUGUGCCCACACAGUUAAGUGUGGGCUUGUCUGUGCCCCCACCGCCACCAUCGGAAGUGUUUCCCGGCCCCGCCGUGGGCUCCGAAAGCUGUGGUUGUCACCUCCAGAAACACGACAGCCAGCCUCCCGUGCCCCGGUUCUGUGCCUUUUCUUAGUGAAGGAGUUCAUGUCUCGACCUCAGCCCGACGGCUGGGCUGGGCUGUGUCUGGUCUGCGUGUGUGUGUGACGUCUGUCCCCUGGAUGUUGUCUGUCCCCUAGAUGUUCUCCGUCCUCUUACCUGUCCCGCCCGCCCACGCUGCCACCUUCCUGCGCCAUACCGGUUAUGCUGGCUGCCCCCAGGGCCUUCGCCCUGGACUCGGCAUCCUGAGCCUCGUUUUCCUUAGUUGGGGGCCAAAACCCCCUGGUGCCUGUGGGUUAAAAUUCCCACUUACCAGCCUCCCACCCGCACCCCACCAUGCAGACCCACCCUGGGCUCUUUUGGCUGGUGGAGCGCUUCCUUACUUGAGUCCUUUUCCCCAUCUGAAGGGGACAGGACCAGGGGCUACUCUGGUCCUUGCUCACCCUGUCACAGCUAGACCUUUUAUCCAUCAGCAUUCUCAGUUCUCUUCAUGUGGUAUCCCCUUGUGUUACUCCCCCAAACCCUCCUCACCCCCACACACUGCCCCCUAGGACCACUCCCACCUUGGACCCUGGGAGCACUUGGGUCCCUUUUGUCUUUUGAUUUCAGCCCUCAGGUAUCAGGGGGCCGCCUGAACUCCGGGCUUCAGCGUUUCCCUCCUCACCUGCGCCCUGACCCCUGUCGUCGUCCCGUCCCACCGGCCCUGCAUCGUGCGGCAGGCCUCUGUACCUCCUUUCCAGGUGCCGCCGCCCAGUUCCGAGACCUCCGCCUGGUUCUUUUUCCUCUCCCAGUGCCUCCCACACCAGCAGACGUCAGUGUCACCCGUGGGUCAGGCUGAAACGGGGAUUGCUUGAGACCCAUCCCCGGAGCUCUGGCGUAGGCGCCGAGAAUGUGCGUUGCCCACAAGUUCCCGGUUGACAGGUGUCUGUGCUGCAGCCCAGGGGCCACACCUGGGAGCCACCACUCUACGCCCACCCUGCCUCCUGCACUUCAUUCCCCUCCCCUCCCCUCUCGCCAGCGAGCCAGCUCUCUGCCUUUCUAGGGCUUAAAACCCAUAAGCCUUUUAUGGCUUGACCUGGGACAAAAGAGGCAUCACCAAACUGGCUGCAGAAGAUACAGCCUUCCCAAGACCCAGAGCCGCUCCAAAGACAGCCCAAGCGAGUGAGCAAAGACCUGCGUGAUCACAGGAGGCCGAGAAACUGAUCUCCCGUGGACAUGAGGUGACAGACCCGCUAAUGUGCUUCUGGAAGGGCAGUGCUGGGGCGGAGAUCUUCCCAGCACAAACAGGGCCGUGCGGGAGAAAAUGACAGACCUCUCACAGACGGGGACCCCUGGCAACCCCACACUCCCCUGACAGCUGGUGUGUGCUGGCAGAGAGAAUGCUGCUUGUCACCUCGUGUCCCCGGCUUCUAGCCAGCAGGUUAGCCACCUGACUCAGGCCCAACAACCUGUGCCCCCAGCUGGAGGGAACCUGAGGAUAUUCUCAGUGGUGACAACCCCACGCUCUCAGGACAAAAA